GGGAGGCGGGAAGAAUGCGGCCACGCGAUUGGCCGGUUUGCCUGUUAGUCAGCGCCGGUCCACUGAGGGGGCGCGUGAGCGGCCGUUAGUGGCAGUUGUGGCGGUUGGUGACCGUGAGGAGCGGUUUCGUGGCGGUUGACGUUGGUUUUUGUGGCGGUUUUCAGCGGUUUAGUGGUGGUUUUCAGAGGUUCAGUGGCUGUUGACGUUGGUUGCUGGAGGUUAGAAGUGACAGUUGGUGACGGUUGAGUUGGUGACAGUUGAGGUGGUGACGGUUGAGUUGGCGACGGUUCAAUUGGCGACGGUUGAGUUGGUGACGGUUCAAUUGGCGACGGUUGAGUUGGUGACAGUUGGCGGCGACGGUUGAGUUGGUGUCAGUUGGCGGCGACGGUUGAGUUGGCGACAGUUGGCGGCGACGGUUGAGUUGGCGACGGUUGAGUCGGCGACGGUGGAGUUGGUGACGGUUGGCGGCGACGGUUGAGUUGGUGUCAGUUGGCGGCGACGGUUGAGUUGGCGACAGUUGGCGGCGACGGUUGAGUUGGCGACGGUUGAGUUGGCGACGGUUGAGUUGGCGACGGUUGAGUUGGCGACGGUUGAGUUGGUGACGGUGGAGUUGGUGACGGUUGAGGUGGCGACGGUUGAGUUGGUGUCAGUUGGCGGCGACGGUUCAGUUGGUGUCAGUUGGCGGCGACGGUUGAGUUGGCGACGGUUGAGUUGGCGACGGUUGAGUUGGUGUCAGUUGGCGGCGACGGUUGAGUCGGCGACGGUGGAGUUGGCGACGGUUAGUAACAGUUACUGGCGGUUACCGACAGCCAUGAUGGAGCCCGGAUACCGGUCAGUAUCGAGGCGUGACUCCCGCUCCCUGGUGGGGUACAAGCACGCCUGUCACGCCAUGCUGUUCGCUCAGGAUCACGGCAAACUCUUCGGGAGAAUCCCCAUGAGAUACGCCUUGCUGAUGCAGAUGCGUUUCGAUGGGAAGAUCGGAUUCCCGGGCGGGUUUGUGGAUAUCCGAGACCACUCCCUGGAGGACGGACUGAACCGGGAGUUGGCGGAGGAGCUGGGCUGCGAUCAGAAACUGCUGUGCGUUACCGAGAGCGACUACAGGAGCUCACACGCGACGGACGCCAUGCCGCAGAAAGUGGUCGCUCACUUCUACAUCAAACAGCUGUCUCUGGCCGACCUGCACAGGAUCGAGGUGGCUGCUGUACAUGCCAAGGAUCACGGUCGGGAGGUCAUGGGGACUAUCCGUGUGCCCCUGUACACUCUCCGAGAUGGCUUCGGGGGCCUCCCGGCCUUCCUGACCAACACCUUCAUCGGCAACGCCAAGGAGCAGCUAAUCUACGCCCUGCGGACCCUCAAACUACUGAGCGAAGAGGCCAUCCAGACCGCGAUCAGCGCCGGGCAGGAAGGCUGACAGUCACAGGCAGGCGUGUAAAGCGGUCAGUGCCAGAGAGAUAGAUGUUGACUGACACACUCGCGUGUGUGCGUGUGUAUAGCCUCCCUGUGUAUACAGUCAGACAGUGUGACUGCAUGCAAUAGAAACUGGAGUCGUGAAAGCAUUGUGUUUAAGGCGACUAAACCUGUUUGCAUGUGUAAGCUGUCAGUCAGGCUUGUGGUACAGUGUCUCCCACCCUUGAUACCUAACACACAGAGUGCCACGUGGGUAUGUGAGCUUCAGUGCAGGCUGUUCAGCUGUGCCUCUACCUCUCCCAGUCAGUGCAAGGUUACCUUACCUUUACCUCCGUGGGUGAUGUGGUAAUGUGCUCUCAAAGUGCUGUACGCAUGUGGUGUUUUUUAAAUACUUUACGGGAUCUCGCAGCGAGAUCGCGGAGUACGGCUUUGCUGUGCCUCCUGCUUGUCCCUCGUACCCUCUUCCGCUCCACCGUCGGCUGCCCUGCUUUCAGCCACUACUCCCCGAAAGUCUGUCACUCCCUCUUCA